AUGUCCGAAUGUGUGCAUGUGUCCAACCGCCUGAGAUCGGAGAAAAAAGGGGACACUCUCCUUUUGAUAGUGAUAAGACACAGGACGGCUUUGGAGGUCUCGAGGUCAGAAAAGCCCAUCGUAAAAGAGAGAUAUAGGCAACUAAAGGUAGCCCAUUCCAGCGUCUCCCAAGUGAGGAACGCCCUUAAGUGUGACGUACGCCGCACACUCUAUUUGAUCGCCACCGCCUCAUCAGAAGGUGCCAUUCCAGAAGUACCACCAACUUACGGGACACUUCCCAACCUAAGGGAAAUGUCUUCCUCUGCUUCCCGCAACUUCUUUGCCAUAGAGCUAGAGAAGCUCGGAGCCCUCAUAACUCUGGGCAAGGAAGCCGGUUACACUGGGCCAGCACUUGACCAAUGGAUAAAGGCACAGCAGGAUGCCGCGCGCCUGCAAGAAAAGGAAGAAAGAGAAGCAGAAAGGAAGGCACACCAGUGCCCAAGUCGAUCUCUACCUUGGGAUGAGAGCUUCCAGGGUGAACUUCUCCAAGGCUACCAUAUAGCCCUUCCUGAUGAACAGCCUCCUAUGGCCUAUCAGUGGGUACAAGUCAUGGCCGACACCGAAGCCCAGAGCACACUGCCAGCCUUGGUGACUCCACAGAUUCGCAACCUGUGGGGCCAUCUCGGCCUUCCGUCCAGUGCCACAGAAGAGGUUCUAGAACAAAGUUCUGCCGAGACUGUGGCCGCCAGGGUCACAUGUCUGCCAACUAUGAUGAACCUCCGGCAGACCUUACCUUCACCUACUGGCCAAAACCUGGAACCUGAACUGCCCGACACGGAGUCAGCCUUGAGUUUUCCCCUUACGACAGCUGUCGCAGCAGCUGAAGUGAGGCCUUCCUCCCCUGCAGAUCUGAAAUGGGACCCAAGCAAUCAGCGUUCUUUCCUUUGGUCCUCGUGGCUGUUAGCUCUGCCCACCCAGGAGUCGUGGGCGUGGUCUCACAGGAAAGGGUCGACCCACGCCCAAAGAGGUCUCCCUAACGAUCACUGGGGCGUUGACAUGACGACGCCAGAACUCAUCGACGCCUUUGGAUACCCAGUUGAGAUCCAUCACGUGACCACUGAGGAUGGGUAUAUCCUGGAAAUGCACAGGAUACCCCAUGGCAAGGCUGGCCCCACAUCCGAAAGUCGCCCCGUGGCCUACCUGGAACACUGUCUGCUCUGCUCGUCUUCCGAUUACAUCAUGAAUUAUCCUGACGAGGCUUUGGCCUACAUAUUGGCAGAUGCAGGAUAUGACGUUUGGCUUUCAAACAUGCGAGGGAACACAUACUCCAGGAAUCACACUACUCUGGACCCAGAAAAGCUGGAUUUCUGGAAGUACAGCUGGGACGAGAUGGCUAUCUACGACGUUCCAGCGAGCAUCGACCACGUCCUGAAUGAGACAGGGGCUGACGGGGUGUAUUACGUCGGCUGGAGUAUGGGCACAACCGUCUUCUUCGCCAUGAUGAGCGAAAAACCCGAGUAUAACGACAAGAUCAAAGUCAUGGCUGGGAUGGCUCCUGUGGCCUAUUUGGGCAACGCAAUAGGACCAAUCAUGGAGUUGGCCCCUUACGUCAUGGAGAUGGAGGUAAGGAAUAACGAUACUGUCUCCAUUAUCCCUCAUGUCGUCCUCCCAGUUGCUGGGGGUCCGGGAGGGGCGGUUUUCCCCUCCGACGAACCUCAUGACCUAACCUGGCCGAGGAACUUUUCUGCGGACGCUACACAGCAACUACUCCCAGAUCUGUCUACCACUGUUUCUCUUUCUGGCUCUGCGGCCCGGAUGCCGAUGAAACCCAUAAGCGAAGACUUCCUACCCCUCAUAAUCUCCCAUACCCCAGCUGGGGCGUCGGUGGACACAAUAGCUCAUUACGGGCAAAUGAAAAAUUCAAAUAAGUUCUGUAAAUUCGACUAUGGAGAAAUCGGCAAUAUCAUGCACUACGGCCAGAGGGAACCGCCCCUUAACAACCUGACGAAGGUCACCGCCCCUGUGGGCCUCUUCUGGGGGAACACCGACUGGCUGGCUGACCCUACGGACGUUGCUCGCUUAACAGCUGACCUACCCAACUUAGUCCUGAAUUACAACGUGCCAAAGAAGGAAUUCAAUCACCUGGACUUUGGAUGGGGAAUCCACGCCAACGAAUAUGUUUACACGAAGGUCUUGGAAUUAUUCGCCGCUUACUAAGGACGAACUUUCUGAAGACAACGAAAGGAACAGAGAAGAAGAAGAAGAAGAAGAAGAAGAAGAAGAAGAAGAAGAACUUUGAUGUCGAAUUAUGUCGAAUUACUGGAAAGUUGACGUUGAGAUAAAAAAAUGACUUUGUAAGAUUUUCUUUCAAUUACUGAAGACUGUCACUGCCUGAUACCGAAUUUCCUUUCGACGACGAAAUAGAAAUAUUUUAUUUUA